UCCUGAGAAAGAAGAGAAGAGAAGAGAAGAGAAGAGAAGAUAAAAGAAAUGGGUUUUUCCCACUACAAGACCCAUAAAUUGUUUCUGUUGUGCAAUUACGUGUUGCUGGGUGCAGCCUCUAGUUGCAUCUUCCUCACUCUCUCCCUCCGUUUGUUUCCAUCGUUGGCAGGAAGUUCUCUCAUCCUACUUCACAUCAUCACCAUUGCAGGAGCCAUUGCAGGCUGCAACGCUACCAAGUGGAAGUGGUAUGCCGCUCACAUGGUGGCCACUGUCUUGACUGCUAUAUUUCAGGGUUCUGUCUCUGUUCUGAUAUUCACCACCACUUCCAAUUUUCUGGGGGCAUUGAAAUCGUAUGUGAGGGAAGAUGAUGCAGCAGUGAUCUUAAAAAUGGCGGGUGGCCUCUGCAUUCUUAUGUUUUGCCUUGAAUGGUUGGUUUUGACGCUUGCCUUCUUCUUGAGGUACAACGCAUUUGUGGAAGGAGGAUCUGUACAAACAAACUGUGGAAAAGUUGAAGAUGAGGAAGACACAAAGAACUGGCCAUGGCCCUUCCAAGUCUAAUAGAUUUCAUUUCAUGAUGAUUCUUUCUAUUUAAAUUAAAUAGGUUGAGAUUUUCAACUGUGUAAUACAAUCAAAUCAAUCAAGAGUUUUAAU